AUGUCUUCCACCCAGGACCAAGACCAUUCCGCCCUCGCCCAGCACCAGCAGCAGCAUCCGCCGUCGCAGCACCAGCAGCAGUCACAGCAGCAGCAACAUCAGCAUCAGCAGGCGGCCGCGGGCUCGCAGUCAGAGCAGACGCAGGCACAGGCACAGCAGCCGCGAAGCCAGAUGCAGUCCGCGCCAUCUCUCCAGCAGCAACCACCGCAACAGCAACAACCUCAGCAACAGGGCCAGCAGGGCCAGCAAGGACAGCAGCAGCAGCCGACCUCGCAGACAGUGCAGAGCGUCCCUGUCCAGGCGAGUCUCCAGCAUGCCGCUGCUGCUGCCGCCGCCGUCGCGCCCCCGGGAGUCCAGCAGGUCGCUCCCAGCAGCCCCAACGCGCCCGGCUCGCUCGAAUGUCAGUGGCAGGGCUGCCAGGAACUCUGCCCGACUCCAGAGGCUCUCUACGAACAUGUGUGCGAGCGCCACGUCGGCCGCAAGAGCACCAACAACCUCAACCUGACCUGUGGAUGGUCCAACUGCCGCACCACGACCGUCAAGCGCGACCACAUCACCUCCCACAUCCGCGUCCAUGUGCCCCUGAAACCGCACAAAUGUGACUUCUGCGGCAAGGCCUUCAAGCGGCCCCAGGAUCUGAAGAAGCAUGUCAAGACGCACGCGGACGACUCGGUCCUCAUGCGGUCGCCGGAGCCCGGUGCCGGCCAGCGACAGCAGCCUCCCACCGGCAUGUUUGGCGUCGGUCUUGGGCCUGACGGAAAGCCCGCUCACUUUUUCGAAGGGUCACUCGGCCCAGUCCCCCAGGCUUACGGUCACCCUCCACCACAGUAUUACCAGCCUCAGCCCCCCCAGCAGCAGCCCAAUCCCUCGUAUGGAAACGUCUACUAUGCCGUGGGCCACGACGCUGCCCACCAGGCGUCCUACGAGAGUAAGAAGCGCGGCUACGAUGCCCUCAAUGAGUUCUUUGGAGACCUGAAGCGCCGUCAGUUCGACCCUACCUCUUAUGCUGCCGUGGGCCAGCGUCUGCUCAACCUCCAUGGCCUCCCGCUGCCCCUGACCCACGCCGGCGCAGUGCCAGAGUACCAGCCCAUGCCUGCCAUGGUCAGCGUCGGUGGCGGCCAUAGUGGCUACCAGUCCGCCGGACCCAUCCCGACCCAGUCCUACCAUCUGCCCCCCAUGGGCAAUCUGCGCACCAAAGCUGACCUGAUGAACAUUGACCAAUUCCUGGAGCAGAUGCAGUCCACCGUCUACGAGAGUGAUGAAAACGUGGCCGCCGCAGGAGUUGCCCAGCCUGGUGCCCACUACGUCCAGGGUCCCCUGAGUUACCGCACAACUAACUCUCCCCCGACUCACCACCAGUCACACCACCACCACCCUCAUGCCACCGCCACUACCGCUACUACCACUACGGCGGCUACCACUGCCUCCAUGAUAUCCACUCCUGCUGCUGCCACGCCUGCUUCCUCUGUCUCUGCUGCCAGCAGAUCCCCUCAUGCAUCCACUCCCGCGCUCACUCCUCCCUCCAGCGCCCAGUCCUACACCUCUGGCCGCUCUCCGAUCUCGCUCGCCUCUAGCCAUGGCAUGUCUCCAUCCCAUCACCCUUCAACGGCCGGAAUGUACCCUACUUUACCCGCCACCACGGGCCAGGACAGCCUCUCCUCAUCGGGAUACCCAACCACCGUCUCCAGUGCCGCUCCUCCGUCCACCCUGAGCAGCAUCUUUGACGAUGACCGAAGACGCUACACUGGCGGCAUGCUCCAGCGUUCUCGUCCAGACAUCGACCUCUCCACUCCUUCCAUCAAGCGUGAUGCCGACGCUGCUGCUGCUGCUGCUGCUAAGGAUGAACCCAAGCUGUCCUCCAGCGUCAUCGAUCCUGCCCUCAGUCGUGCCUCGGCCGACAUGGACGAAGAUGCUGCCCCCCGUAGAAGCCCUUCAUCCACCCCUACUCCCACGGCUACUACUGCUGCUGCUGCUGGACCAGAUGAUCGCCAGCCAGUUGGUGAGCAGCAAUGGGUUGAGAACGUGCGCCUACUCCAGAGACUACGUGACUAUGUCCUUGAACGUCUCAACAACGGCGACUAUGUCGACGAAGACAAGCAGGAAGACUCCGACAAGGAGGAAGACGCCAAGACCGACAAAGCUUCCCCUGGAUCUGCAUCUGCAUCUGACGCCGCUACCAGAGCAGGAGAGUACCCCAGCAUCAAGAUGCAUGGAAUGGAAGCGAUCGCCGCCGCUGCCGUGGCCCACGAGGAAGGAAGAGAUAGUCAGAUGCCACGCGACGACGAAGAUCAGGAGAGCCCAUCUACCCCCACUGCCCGAAGCACGACAACCAUGCUUGAUGCCGAGGAAGAGGCCAAGCAAGCAGGAGAGAACUUGUAUCCCGUGCUCAAGAUGGCCGUCGACGAUGACGGAGCCGACACCGACGGCGACGAGAAGAUGGGCCAGUAG